AUGAUAGCCACACGUAUGGAGCCCAGCACAGUCAGGUACAAAUAUGUAGAAGAGGUUGAGCGCUUAGACUACUAUGUUCCCGGAGGUUACCAUCCUGUUUUGCUGGGGGAUCAAUUCAGUGCGGGUCGGUAUGUCAUCACACACAAGCUUGGGUUUGGCCGCUCCGUUACGACCUGGCUGGCUGAAGAUAGACGGCAAAAUCGACUAGUUGCCUUGAAUAUUUCGACCGCUGAAUCAGCUAAUCGAAUGCAUGAGGUGCAAAUACUUUCGCAGCUAGAAAAGGCCAAAUCUGACCUUUCGGGGAAAGCAAUUGUACAGAACCUACUCGAUUCCUUCACAUUUUCCGGGCCAAAUGGUGACCAUCGGUGUUUGGUUACGGAUGUUGCUAGAAUCAGUCUUCAUGAAGCGAAGGAUGCUGCAUAUCAUCGACUUCUCCAUCUGCCUGCCGCUCGAGCCAUUGCCACACAACUUAUACUCGGAUUACAGUUUAUCCAUUCGGAAAGCAUCGUUCAUGGCGACCUUCAUCUGGGAAAUAUCCUUCUCCGCUUACCGCUUGACAUGCAAGACAUGACUCCCGAGAAGCUGUAUGCUAGUACGGGCGAGCCCGCCAAAGAGCAAGUUAUCCGCGAAGACGGUGCUCCCCUCGAUCCUGGCGUUCCGUCAGAAGUGAUCGUCCCGGUUUGGCUUGGGCUCGGUAGUGAUGAGAUAUCACUUGUGGAUUCCGAAAUCAUGAUUGCAGAUUUUGGAGAAGCGUUCGAUCCCCAAGUGACGCGGCAGUUCGCAGCUCAUACACCGCUCCUCCUCGCACCACCGGAAUCUCGCUUCGCUGGGCUUGGGGAUCCAGACGACCCACUUUCCUUUUCUGGGGAUAUAUGGACACUUGCUUGCACUGUCUGGGAUAUCUUCGGAGACAGGCCCCCUUUUGAAGCCUUCCCUGCCACAUUGGAUGAGGUGACGAUCGAGCAUGUGGAGAUGCUUGGUAAACUCCCUGAAAGGUGGUGGAGCAAGUGGGGGGAAAGACGUAACUGGUUUAAUGAGGAUGGAUGCAAGGAUGUGAAAGAAAGUCUGCGUCAGUGGUAUAGCAGCAGCGCCAGGGAUUGGAACCAGCGGUUUACAGACUCUACACAGGAUCCAAGGGAGAGGAAUAAAUUUGACACCUUCUCAGAGGACGAAAGAGAUGCGUUUCAAGACAUGGUAAAGUCGAUGUUGGUUCUGGAACCAAGCGAGAGAGCGACGAUUGAGGAAGUGGUGAGUUGUGAAUGGAUGCAGAGAUGGGGCCUGCCAGAGGUGCAGAAAAUGCAGCAUGCAAUAUUGAAGACCUCUUGA